GACGUUUUGAGAGACUGAGGAGGGAGGAAAGGGUGGCCCGGUUGAGGAUGGAGUGUGCAUUUGACGCACAGAAUCUGAUCUCCAUUUCUUUGAGGAAAAUCCAGAGCUCCAGGACGCAGAGAGGAGGCAUCAAGCUCCACAAGAACUUGCUGGUAACGUACGUACUGAGAAACGCCAGGCAGUUUUACAUGAGCAAAAACUUAUCGCAGGCGCAGAGGACGCAUCCGUACGAGGAUGUGGUUGCGGUCCGCGAGAGGCAAGAAUACCUCGAAUUGACGGGGAGCUUUACGGAGUUGGCUGAUGACUUCUACUGCAACUUUGCCGGGGUUGAGUCGGACACUUGGCACUGCGGAGCGCACCAGCCGAGCGGCCAGCCCGCAGAGGUGGCGCACCAAGACGCAUCUGCCUGCGCAAUGGUCUCACCGAGUGACUCUGACCUCAUGGUUUCGGAAGCCUGUUGGAGCUGUGCAGAGAAAUCCUCCUGGGACUUACCUAUCCCGAACACGCAAGCGAACCAAAAGACUGUCCUGGACUUGGACACUCAUGUGGUGACUACUGUCACAAACGGAUACUUCCAUUCAGACUGUUGCGCGCAGCCCAAACAGCCGCAGGGCGCGCAGUGCUACGCUAAAAAGCGAAAGAUGGACACAAGUUAUUAUAUUGUUGACCCAGAGUUUUAUCUGCCAGACUUUGGGCCGGUGCCGUGUAAGAGGAUGAGGACUGAUGAUGACUCGCUCACGGACUCGGAGCAGCUGGACAGCACGAACAUUUCCAACCUGAUCUCAGUGCUGGGCUCAGGUGGACUAUCUGAGUUUGUGAGUUGGCAGCAGACGGACCUUGAGCAAAUAUUCGCCACUCAAACAAUUUCUUUAAAACACACACUGUUAACAGGCAGCGGCUGGACGAGAGCGAUCGAAGCAUUUUGAUGUGUAUGGCUGUUUUACCUUUGUAUCUUUGUUUUAUUUUAUUGCUUUCAAAUAAACCAUGACACGAAUGCAAUCCUCUCUUUCUCUCUGCUCUGUUAUUGAAAUGAACUGUGACUCUAUGGAGCAAUGCUGCCCGUUCUUUAUAUUAGGACACUUACACGCGUUGUGCCAGGUCUCAUCUUUUCCUCACGGAGAAUGA